UUUUGGUAUAUUAUACAUGUCAUUUCGCGGCAAACUUUCAAAGACGCCAGGUGAAAGGACGUUCGUAUUUUAUAAAUUGUGCCCAGAAUGUGAGAAUAUUUUGUUAAAUAUCAUUUUAUAAUUUCUUGAAGAUUUGCUGUGAAAGAAAAUAAUGCAUGCAACUUUGAAAGGCAGAAUUUAAAAUGGCAGAUGAGAAUUCAUUCAAUUCGCUGUUAGAAGAUUCGUUCACCGAUUUGGAUAUAUCUCACGAAGAUUAUAUCUCGAAAUUAAAAGAUGCCGUGGAGAAACUCAGAGAAAGGAACGGUGUGGAAUCCUUCCAGCUGGUUCUGCAAGGAUAUUUAUCCGAUGAUUCAGAUAAUUAUUCGAAUGUGUUAACUUUCAAUAAAAUUCUUCCUCCGGUUCAUCACUUUUUAUCCGAGAUUUUGAAGGAGAUCACUGGUAUAAUACACGGGAAUGCUGAAGACAAAAUGGGAAAUGUAAAACGAAAAUUACUUAUGUGCCACGAAUUGCUGAAGAUCGAGGAAAUAUCCAUGCAUCGUAUGGCGCAGUUUCAGGAAAGAUCCGCUAGCAGUUUUAAAUCCAUAUCAAAUAAUCUACUUCUUUCGAUUAAAUUAGUCUUCGAGCAUUGUCGAGAGAGUAAGAAAUUGUACGAAACUUUAUUCGAGGCUGUAGAGAAAGAAUUAGCGAGCCUCUUUCGCAAGGCGAAAACGAACUUGACUCUAUUCACAGUCAUUUUGAACUCUGUAAUGGUUUUCGACACGGACAAGGAAUCGGAAACGGAACUGUUGAUAAAAGUAAUCGAUUCUAUUGGGUCAUUAAUGACUAUAUCGCAUGAUUUAAAUCCACAUACGUUCGUAGAAACAUCCAAAAGUUUUUGUGAUAUGGCAAUCAAGCAUCAACUUGUGGUGAAGAGAAUUAAUGUGGAAAGCGUAACUUCUCAUCUCGUAGAAAUGACGAAAGAUGUAAUUAGAACGCUUUCAUUAUUUCAGGAUUCUUCCAAUCCAAUCGAGGAGAGAAGCAUCAAAGUUGUUGGUCGCAUGUUAAAAAUAUUGGACAAAUUAUUUGCAACAUAUUCAUCCGAUAUAAACAACGAAAUUCUUCUCCGUGUAAUUGAAAUUCUUUUACAAAUGCACAGGUGUUAUCCUUUGUGUGAGAAAGAAACGCAGACUGAUAGCAGAACAAUUACAUUGCUGAAUUUACACAUUUCAAGGAGUGUUGAACCAUUUCUAAAUACUGUCUUUGAAACACCCCAUUUCAAACAGGCAUUCUUCGAGUAUGGCAAUCAAACAAAAAUCGAUAGAUUAGGCUAUCAUUUAUUAACAAUCAGCAUCAUGAAGAAAUUAAUUAGUAUACCAUAUAAACAACACUGUAAUUGGACGUUGGGCUCUGAGUCAAUAAUUGAUAUCGCUUUUACAAACAUUAAUGAUAUACAGGAAGAGAUCUGCAUGGGUCAAAUAAAAAUACAAGGUGCUCAUGAAAUUGGAGAAAGACCAGAAAAAGCUUCUCUGUACGAAGCCACCUUGGUACCAAUCUGCUGUCUUAUCAGUCAGAUUCCAGCAGAUGGGUUUCAUGCUAUGGAAUUAAUUUUGUUGAAGCAUUUGCUAAACAAUAGGCUUUGGAGCUCUAUGCUCAGCUCAGAUGUUUGGUGUUUUAUUGGCCGCAUUGGUUCAUCAGAACUCUGUGCCAGCCACGUGAAAUAUUUAUUAAGAGUCUAUGCCGCUUUGAUGAAGCGCAAUAACAGCUUUGAAGUAAUCAUAUUGGAGAACCUAAUCGGAAGACUUUACAGUUUAUUGGCUGAAGAAACAAGACACAACAUUCUGAUGGAAUUAGAGGAUCUUGAGAAUCCUUCGUGGAUACCUCUUGCGCGAUUUUUACCUUCGAAAACGAAAUUGUUUUUGCAAAAUCAGUUGGCUUGCGUGCUUAAUGAGAUUCCUAGCACGUUCAUAGAAUUGCAGCGACAACCGACUGUGCAAAAUUGGAAUCGUAUUAUGACACUGACGUCCAUGAUUGGAAAACUAAAUUACGCGGGCGAGAAGAGUACAAUUGACAUUCUGUCUCAGAUAUGGAACUCAGUUGCAAACACCAUUGAAAAUUGUGAAGGAAGGCAACUGGAUAUAUUGUCAGAGUUCGUGUCGAAAUUAUUCAACGCCAUGGAAUCUGAAACAAUUCAAGACGAUAUGUUCGUUGCAAUUCUAGAAGCAGUAUUAACAUCCUUCCCAUGCUUUCCACCGCACGUGAAGGUGAUCGCGUCACAUUAUUUAAGAAAUAGUAUUAAUUUUUUCGGCAAUUGCAUGGUUAGGAGCUCGUACGCGUUAGCAGAGUUAAAUUGUCGGCUACUAGAAGAUGAGAAUCCAUGGGUGCGACAAGAGGCUCUGGAGUCUUUCGAUCAUGUAGCCCACAUGUGUCCGAACGAGGACCUCGUUACGACAAUGGCUGCUGCUGUAACGAAAAAAGCGUCCUUAAAUGAUACUUUGCCAGCUUAUCUUUCCGGUACAACUUAUCUCGAGCUACAAGAUUUCUCGGAUGUUAAACAUUAUCUGCAACACGUGGCCAGAAAUUCUCUGAACAUUUGUCACGUUUGCUGCAACUACGAGGAUUCCCAGAAGGAAGAGAAGCUCGCAAAGCUGGAAAAUCAAUCAGUGGAAAACCCAUCCGUGAAUGAUCUCGAUAAACAUGUAAAUAAAAUAUGCGAUGAGUUAAAUGACAUCAUAAAAAAGCAGGAUGAGAUUAGUAAUGAUGCUUUACAAAAGCUACUAUCCACUUGUAUAGAAAUAGCAGAUCUGAUCAAAUCUACUAAAUGACUCUAGACUGUUUAAUGCCAAUUAUUCCUACUUGUCCAUCAUACUAAAUUUUAAUGAGAUAGGGGUGUAUUGUUUGUAUUAUCUAACUAUCUUAAAGCGCUAUUUCAUGGGCCUAUUCUGUGAGAUUAACCAUUCUCCCAAUUGAUUUAAAAAUAAAUAGUAGUUGUUUGUUAUAUCAUAUAAA